AUGAAACUCUCUCUCAUCGGCGCAGCAGGCCAAAUCGGCACUCCGCUCAGUCUCCUCUGCAAAUCCAGUGGCCUUUUUGAUGACAUCGCUCUGUACGAUUUGGUUCAUGUCCCUGGUAUCGCGACUGAUUUGAAUCAUAUCGAUACCAAGGGAAAGGUGUUUGGAUAUCUUCCUGAUGACGAGGGAUUGAAGAAGGCGCUAGAUGGUGCGGAUAUUGUUGUCGUGACCGCGGGGAUUGCGAGGAAGCCGGGGAUGACGAGAGAUGACUUGUUCAAGACCAACGCCAGCAUCAUCCGGGAUAUAUUCACACAGGCCGCUCAUUCCUGUCCCAAAGCCACUUUCUGCGUGGUUACAAACCCAGUCAACUCGACUGUCCCUGUCGCAGCCCAGGCCCUUCGCAAAGCUGGGGCUUUUGACCCUAAACGCCUCUUUGGGGUGACUACACUCGAUGUAGUUCGUGCGUCAACCUUUGCGUCCGAUGCUCUUGGUGGCGACGACCACGGCACUAUCAAAGUGCCAGUCAUCGGUGGCCACAGUGGUGCCACCAUCCUCCCUCUAUACAGCCAGGCUCAGCCACCGGUCAAUCUAACCAGCGAACAACUCGCCACAGUUAUCCAUCGCGUCCAAUUUGGCGGCGACGAAAUCGUCAAAAGCAAACAGGGCGCAGGCAGUGCCACGACAUGCAUGGCAUACGCCAGUUUCCGAUUCAUCAAAGGCAUUGUGACGGCCAAGUCAGGAACGCCUGUUAUUGAGGAAGCAUAUGUCUAUCUCCCUGGUAUUUCAGGAGGAAAGGACAUUGCAGAUGAAAUGGGGGUGGAUUACUUUGCAGUCAAGGUUGAGCUUGGCGAGAGCGGUGCUGUUGGUGCUGUUCCGGUUGGGGAGAUCUCAGACGAGGAGAAGAAGCUGCUGGAGAUUGUUAUUCGGGACUUGAAGGGGAAUAUUGAGACGGGGGAGUUGUUUGUGUAGAGAGAGUCGUGAUGUCAAUGAGAACUGCCAUCUCAGGGCUGGCCAGAAAGCACUGACAUAUCUGACUUUAGUAGAGUAGAAGUGAAUUCAGGCAGAUAGAUGGUGGGGAGGCUAUGCCGGCCCAAAGGCAAGCCACUGACAGGCAGAAAGAGUCGAGAUUGCCGAGUUUAUGGCGCCACCCAGCAGGCCAG